AUGAGGAAGAGAAUUUCAAUUCCAUUAAUGACCAUACCAGCGACACUUUAUGCAAUUGUUAUACUUAUAUUGGCUUGUAUAUAUGCCAUAAAUAACGAUGACAAAGUAGUAUGUGUUGUGGUAGCAAUAUACAGUGGUCAGUUCGAUUGGAUUUGGGGCAUUUUGGCAACUUUUCUUAAUUUAGCAACAAUCACCCUUUAUGCAGUACUUAGUCGAAUUAUCGUAAAGGCUGAAAUAUCAACUAGAAAUUUCGAACUGUUACAAACAUUAAAGAUAACAGUGGCAUUUGUUGGGUUGGGACAUUUAGCAACAACGACGAUUUAUAUGAUGGGAAGGUUCUUGAAUAUUUCCAAAAUCGCGACGUUUUAUAUAGAAUGCUAUGCGGGAGUAUUUAUUAAUACAAGCGUUUCAUUCAAUUGGUUACUUUACUACUGGAGAAGUGAAGAAUAUCGGAACGCAUUUAGAAGACAAUUCAAGAAGCUUCCAUGUCUAAAGAAUACCGUAAAUUUGCAAACGAAACAUAAAAUGCAGCAAGUAACAACAGUUUACCGAUUAGAACUUUCAAGACGUUUGUCGCAUUAA